AUGCACGUUCCCUUUCACUUAAUUACUUCCAACGUGUUUUUGCAGUUUGAGAGCGUGGCUGAUGAAGCCUGCAGCAAUGCCAGCUCGCUUUGCAAGGAUCUCUCCAACCUUGUGACCUGGGCACACACACAUGGGACCAUAUGCGUUCAUAUCCCAGCCCUGGAAACCAUGCAGAACGUGGGUCAACCUCGCCAGGAGAAUUCUGUUGUGUGGAUUUGUGGAGCUGGACAUGCCUAUCACUGGACGUGUGAAGAUUUACACUUUGGAAGCAAGGAAGGGAACGAGGCUGCAGAAAAGAGAAGGAGGCAAACAUCCUUUGGGGCUCCGUCACGAGGUGCUGCUGUAGGUGAAAGCAGGAUCAGGAUGGCCUCGUCUUUUGAAAGGCCUCCAAGAGACAGCGCUGCCACGGGAUCACGUGGCCCUCAGCAAAAAGAUUCUGUCUGCAAAAUACGUAACGAACCAGCAGCCAGACCAAACCAAAGAAACUGCAAAUCCAUGCAACCAGGCUCUGCAGCAAAGCAGCAUUUGUCAAUAGCCGUAGGCAAAAUCAGAACGGACCCCCACAAGGUGAAGCUAGAAUACAAUGAAGAUCUGCACAUCAUCUCUGAUGAUGAGCAGCAUGCAUUGAGUGCAGAAAACCAAGAAGAGAGAAUCGACCAGAAUGUUCUUUCAUGGUCACCACCUGAAGAUGUAACUGCUGAGGUGGGUUUGCAGAUGUAUCGUGAUCUGAAGACAGAAAUUAACAAGCAGGCAGUCACCUCUACGUCUGGCUUCACCCCCAUGGCAACGCCUCCCCCACCUCUUUGCUGUAUUCUAAAAUCUCCUGGGAGGGAUCGAAAGAUCCUGGAAAGCAGCUUCUUGGGUCUGGGUUCCCUCAAUCCCACAGUGUCUGAAAAUUCAAGAGCGAGGGAUUCUGCUGGGUCAGCAGCACCAAAAGAAGAUUUAGAAUCGAUUCCUAUCUCCAACACGGAAGGAAAAGCCCAGCCAGAGCCACCUGCCCCUGUGAUGUUCUUUGAGCUUGAAGCCACAGUUGAUGUCCAGCAGCAAAUGCACCUGAGCUCUACUGAAUGCAGCCUCUCAGGAACCUUGGACUUGAAUGACAAUGGCACCGAGGGCUCUGCAGAGGACAGCAGGCUGUCAGGCUCUGAGCAGGCCCCUCGUCCUUCAGCCUCACUGAGCCCACAAGGCAGGAAUGCCACCCAACCUCCUGAAUCUUCCAAAACCAAUGUGCUGAGCAAGAGAAACAGCAGUGCUGCCAGCAUCAAAGUUUUCCGAGAGUGGCUGGAUGUGCACUGCCCUUCUGAGACACGUGAGAUCCAUAAGCUGCCACCCAAAGACCUUGAUCAUUACCUGGCCUUGUUCUACACGUCUGCAAAGAAAAAGAACGGCAUGGAUUUCUCCCCUGGGUCUUUGCGGUUCUUUCAGAGCAGCAUUGACAAGUACCUGAUGGAGCACGGUUAUGAGUACAGCGUGGUGAGAGGACCCGAAUUCAGGGCAUCUCAGGAAGCCUUGAAACAGAAGCAUCAGUUUCUGUCUCAAAGAGAGAGAGAGGAAAAUUGGGCUCUUUUGGAGAACCUGACAGAUGAGCACGUGGAUAACCUCUGUAAGAAGGGGCUGUUAAGUCAGACCGACCCACAGGGCUUUCUGCACCUGAUGUUUGUAAAUAUCAUUAGGGGGUUUGGGGCGAGCACACACAACCAGGGCCACAAUCUGUACUGGGGACAGCUGGUGCUCAGAAGGAACGUGGCAGGGCUGGAGUACCUGGAGUGGAAGCACGACCUCAAUGCAGAGGAAGCCGCAGGGCCAUCGGCUCCACUUCUCUUCGCCAGACCCAACAACCCCAAAAGCUGCCCAGUCCAAGCUUAUAAGAAGUAUGCAGAGAGGAGGCCGGGGGACAUGCUGCACGAUUAUGACCCGCUGUAUCUCUCCCCCAGACACAUGUGCUCCAUGUGGGACCAAGUGUGGUACAGCAGGAAAUCGCUGACCAAGGCCAAAAUGGGGAAGAUGCUGAAAGUCAUUCUCCAGCAAGUCAAAGCGUCUGAAAAGAAGCUCAGGAAAUAAAGGCGUCCACUUAAUUUCUGCUGGAAAGGAGCGUGUUCUGAAGUUGGGUUUGAGAAGUUUUAAUAGCAAUGUUUAGCAAAGGUUGAACGUCCAUCCCUUAGAACACAACGCCUACAGGUUUGCACUGCUUUCGUUCUCAGGUGAAGUGAAAAGCUGUUGUUCUACAAACAGCACUGAUAAUUCAGUUAGUUAGAAAAGAGGUGUGAAGUUUUCGUGUUUGCACAAAGUCAGUGUUCUGCAGUUAUUAGUGAUGUGAUAGAAAGCUGGCAUUAACUGAGAUAGGGCUCGUUAGCUGACACAAUCGACUUCCUCAGCUGUCCAAUUGCCAUUCAUUCAAUAUAUUCUCUCCCAGUCCAGGCAAGUUGUUGGAUUGAAUUGUUGAUGCAC